GCAUGGAAAUACAAAGUAAAAGUAAUUUUGGGGAUUGGGGGUUGUUGGGAGAAAGCAAGCAAAGACCCCUUCAUCCAAAGCACCAGAAUAUUGACAACAAUCAGAAGCCGUGCCGUCUUGGGUGUUUGUUAUGCUACGUAAUACGCAAACACAAAGCUUCGCCCGCACUUCAUCUUCUCCCUUUAUCAUUAUUUAAUCAUUUCCUUCUCAACUAGUUUACCAAUUUACAUUGCCUCAUUCUUCCCUUUUCAAUUUCCCAACACAUCCUUCGCAAAUCUCCAUGACUUCUCAUCCCACCUCUUCUAACUAGAGUGUACAUGGCCUUGCAUCAAUGGGUUUUUUUUUUUUUUGGUUCUUUUCCUUUUACCUUUCUGAUCAACAAUUGUCGUUCGUGAGAUUUGAACUCGCAACUGGGAGAAACUAAACCAACAUGUUGAGAACAUGAAUGAACUGAUCUAAUUAAUGGGUACCAAAGGAAAGUCCAAUCCAACGGUUAGGAUUUGCAUUCAAUUUGAUGGUGUUUAGUUUGGGUCACAUACAUGCAUAGACAGCAAACUUGUUGUGCAAGCCUAUGACAUGGAAAGGAGUGGAGAAUUACCAUAUUCUAGUGACUGGUAGCACCAAGAAUUCAACUGCUCAGCACUCGAGAACGUUUUUGAAGCCUUAAAAUUUGGACAUUGAGAGGGUUUCACUCGUGUGCAUUUGACUUUGACUAGAAAAAAAAAAAAAGCUGCACGAAUGUGUGUGUUACACAAUGUCUUGAUUAAAAUUUUAAAAACCACCUCUUUUGAUUCAAUCAUUCUUCUAUUUGAUUCCACUGGUUUGCCAAUUCUAGAAGCCUUGUGUGUAUAGUUGUAUACUAUACUCUAUUUUAAUGUUCUUUGAAAAUUGAGAUAACUUCCGAGCAUUUUAUGGCAAUUUGGCAGGCAAAAAGCAUUAUGUUAUAAAGCACAUGUCUAUGCUUUGAGAAAAAUCGACUGCCAUUGCUUUCUCAAAGUUUCACUUCCAGUAAAUCUCAGUCUGGGAGAAUCUUAUGAGCUCUGCCAAUGGAAGCUGCAAGCCCAUUAAAAGGUAGUUCUGUUUCGUCAAGUCCUUUCUCUUCACCAAACGUUGGAGCCUUGCUCAAGAUUAAGAUUUUGUCAUGGACCCAAGAGACCGGUUUGCCUGUUUCCGUUAGCGUUCGAGUUCUUGGGAAGAUCUUCAACCUCCACAAGUUUCCACUAUUUUCAAAGAGUGGGUAUUUCAAGAAAAGAUUGAAUGAAUCAACUGAGCUUGAGCUCCCACCAGACUUCCCUGGAGGGCCAGAGACAUUUGAGAUGAUUGCGUUGUUCAUCUAUGGCUCCUCCACAUUGAUUGAUCCAUUCAAUGUUGUAGCCCUGAGAUGUGCAGCAGAGUUUCUUGAGAUGACAGAAGAUUACUGCUCUGGCAACCUCUGUGAGCGCUUUGAUCUCUACUUAAACCAAGUGGUCAUGCAGAGUUGGGAUGACACUCUAAUAGUACUCCAAAAGUGCCAAACUUUGCUUCCAUGGUCUGAAGAUUUGCUCAUCGUCAGCCGCUGCAUCGAGUGCCUUGCCUUCAUGGCUUGCAUGGAGAUCCUUGAUCCAGAGAGAAGACGUGACACCCCGGUGCUCACAUUGGAGGCAUUGAGCACCCGAAAUUGGAGCUGUGAGAUAGGGAGGGAGAUUAUGAGUCAGGACCUUUGGAUCAAGGAUCUGAUUGCUCUACCAUUUGGAUUCUUUAAAAGGAUUAUAGGGUCCUUAAGAAGACAGGGUAUGAAAGAAAAAUAUUUAAGCCCCAUCAUUGUUUUCUAUGCUAACAAAUGGGUGCUUUCAAAGAAGACCCUCCAAUUUUGGGAGAACUCUGGUCAGAAAACUGGGGAUGAUCACAAAGUUUCAGUCAUCCUACAAGGUGUUCUUGAUUUGCUGCCCAUGGGGGAGAAGGCUAGUCGAUCAAUUCCAGUCGGGUUUUACUUUGCAAUCCUUUCUAGAUCCCUUGAAGUAGGUUUGAGAAUCGAUAGCAGGGCAAAGUUGCAAGAGAAGAUUGUAUCUCUGUUGCACUUUGCCCAACUAGAAGACUUUCUCUUUCCAAAAAGUGGAACUGAGUCAAUUUCUUCUAGCAUGGAGCUGUCUACAAUGGAGAGCAUAAUUUCAACAUAUGUGUCAUCUAACAUGGAGGCAGACCAUAGUCUUUCAGCAGGCCAUUCAAUUAUUGUUGCAGAAUUGUGGGAUGCAUAUCUUUCCUACAUAGCUCCUGAUCCAAAUAUGGAGCCUAAAAGAUUCAUGGAACUCAUCGAAAGAGUGCCGAUAUCCUACAGACAAAGUCAUGAUAAACUCUACAGAGCAAUGAACACCUUCCUACAGGCAAACCCAAAUAUAUCCCAAGAAGAGAAGUGGGCAGUCUGCAAAUACCUCAAUUGCCAGAAACUAUCACAAGAGGCAUGCAUUGAGGCUGUUCAAAAUGAAUUGAUGCCGCUACGUUUAAUAGUGCAGGCACUUUUUGUCCAGCAAAUCAGCACUCACCAAGCUUUCAAAGAAUGCUCAGAUUCAUUCAGAUAUGUACACUGUGGAGAGUUUUCCGGGAGCCUCUCAAGCUCCAGAUGCCCAAACUCCAAAAGCCAGAAUCUAGGAGAUAGUCCAUAUGUAGAUGGAGCAGAGCAAGGCAGCAGACCCUUGAGCUUCUUGCUACAAAAGGACAAUGUAAAUCAGAGACCUGAGUUAUCAAGGAAGGAAUAUGAGUCAACAAGCUUCAGAAUUCAGAACCUUGAACAAGAGCUCAUGUCCUUGAAGCGAAGCCUUCAAUGGCAGAGCAUUUCAAAGAAAAAAGAGGCAAUUUCAACCACAGCACAUAGCAUGAAAUCGUAUGGUAAGGAAAGUAGAUCAAUGAGCAAAAAGAGUAACCCUCUUGGACAAGUGACAAGUUGCAUUGGUUCUGUGAAUUUCACCUCGCAAAGAAAAUAUGCCAGUCGAUUAUUGAAGGUCUUCCGCCGGAUUUCCUUGUUUGGAAGUAGAAAACCAAAGAGAAAGCCAUGUGCCCCCAGCCCAUGGCCCAAGCCAAUGCAGCAGAACACUCAUCAGCAAAAGAUGUAUGAAAAUCAGAACCAGUAAUGAUCAUAUACAAGGCGAGAAUAAGUGCUCAUUGUGAAAUUUUCCCUGGAAAAAGUGGUUUGCUCAUUCACAUACAACCAGGGCAUCAAUAUAUGAAUAAUUUAAUGCUUUGUGCAUUCUUGCA